AUGGAUGGUAAAGGCUGGUCUGCUUCCAAAACCGGUGUCAUGUUUAUCCCAAUCGGCGGUGGGGUUAUUCUUGCCACCCUCGCUGCUCCAUUUUUUAACAAGGAUUACAACAAAAGGGCUCAACUGUACAGAGACAGAGGAGAGUUGCCACCAGCUGAGUUGAGAUUGAUUCCAAUGAUGAUCUCUUGUUGGUUCGUUCCAGCUGGUCUAUUUGCAUUUGCUUGGUCUUCCUACAGUUGGUUGUCUUGGGCAGGUCCAUGCUUUUCUGGUUUGGCCGUUGGUUUCGGAUUUUGUUGUUUGUACAACCCUGCAAAUAACUACAUCGUGGACUCGUACCAGCAUUAUGCUGCAAGUGCUUUAGCGGCAAAGACUUUUGUUAGGUCUGUUUGGGGUGCUUGUGUCCCAUUGUUCACCAUCCAAAUGUACCAUCGGUUAGGUUAUGAAUGGGCCAGUUCAUUAAUGGCUUUUAUCUCAUUGGCUUGCUGUCUCAUUCCUUACUUGUUCUUCUUUUAUGGAGCAAGAAUUAGAGCAUACUCUAAAUAUGCUUAUUCCCCAGGAAUGGAAAAUAAAUAG